AUGGUAGGCUUUUUGAAACCAAAAAUGAAUUUAGCGUGUUCGAUACUUUUUGUAAAGAGUGCUUCUACAAAGGCUGGCUUUGCUAUAAAAGCCGCAGGUCUUGUCGAUGAAAAGUUUAAGUGUUUGAUCUGUAGAUUGAUUCUGAAACGUCCAAUGGUGCUUGUUUGUGGUCAUCAUAUCUGUUUCGGAUGUAUUGCGAUAGACCGGAACGUUCACUGUCCUAAAUGUCAUGAGAUAACAUUGGCUUCGCAGAUUCAACAAGAUAAUGAUUUUGAAAGUGAAAUAUAUGAAUUACAUUCUUCUUGCUAUUUAUGUGAAUGGUUAGGUGUUUUAAAAGAUUACCAAACUCAUCUUGAGAAAGUUCAUGAAAUUUACGAAUGUUUGCACUGCUGCGAAACGUUCGAUUCAGCAGUAACACUCAAUCAACACAAAGAAAAUGUAUGUCCGAAUGUAAUCAUAAAUUGCAUACUUCAACCGUUCGGUUGCAAGGAACAAUUUUUGCGUAGCCAAGCAUCUGAACAUUAUCGUAGCGAAAUACAUCAAAGAACUCUCGCGUUAAUUGUAUCACAGAGUAUUACAACCAUCUCCGGUCAAAGCCAUUAUGAAGAUACUCUUGACAAAGAUUUACAAUCAUUGGAUACCACGAUUCCAUCUGUGACCACUGCGAGUUCAUCAGCUGAUCAGCAGAUGUGUGUCACAGGUACGAUUAUCGAUAUUGCCGAUAGCGUUAGAGUAUUAAAUAGAGGUUUGGAAAAGUUAAACGAUCAGUUUUUACAGCAAUCUCAAUCAAUUGAAACAACAGGUCAAUAUUUACAAGUAUUAAACGCAUUACAUGGAGAAUCUAACGAAUCGGUAAAGACGCAUAGUACUACUAUGGGAAUUCUUCAACAAGAAAGUUCCGAAUUAAAACAGCAACUUGCAGAAUAUCAGUCAACUUCGUACGACGGAACAUUUUUGUGGAAACUGACUGAUAUUGGACAAAAGAUGACUGAAGCUCGAACCAAACAUAAAAUUUCGAUUUAUUCGUCGGCAUUCUAUUCGUCGCCGACAGGUUACAAGACCUGUGCACGUCUUUAUCCAUACGGUGAUGAAAACACAUUCGGCACACACAUGUCUAUUUCUUUUGUAGUCAUGCGAAGCACCAAUGACCCAGUACUUUUUUAUCCUUUUAACUAUGAAGUGACGUUCUGUUUGCUUGACCAAACCGAUCAACAGCGUCACAUUAUUCGAACAAUUCGACCCGAUGAGCAAUCAAAUUGUUCUCAAAGGCCACAAUUGGAUAUGAAUACGCCUACUGAAAUACCCGAUUUCGUACCAUUAUACAUUUUCGAACAAGUGAACAAUCCUUAUGUUAGGAACAAUACUAUGUUUAUUCGAAUACUGAUUGAUUUCGAAAAUUUGCCGAAAACAUUGUUACCGUAUGUGAUGAGUUUAAAUCCUGGUUUACCGCCGCAUACCCGUCAGAAAUUGAUUCAACAAGAAAUGGAACGUCACCAGCGAGUAUCGCAAGCAGAGGAUGCAAGCACAAGUCGCCAGAAUUGA